CUAGAAAGAAGGUGAGUGAAAAGUAUUGGUGGAAGAAUCUGGAUGGUUAUUGUUCAGGUUGUAGCUCCUAAAUUGUAUGUUCCAAUGGCAAUCUGAUCCACCUCACUUCACGACGACAUCUCAACAACCUGUGAUCACGGCAGCGACCGCAACGGCGAGUGUACAACAACGUCGACACGAUCCCAGUGAUAAACGUUGACACCGGCUCUGGGCAUUUCCCUCGACCCAACUCUCCCAUGAAGGCGUCGACGCGAUGACCGUCUUCGCCCUCAUUGUCAUCAACAAGGCCGGCGGCUUGAUAUACAACAAGAAUUUCCACGAUGGCCUAAACAAGAUCAGCACAAACGAUUACCUCGUUUUAGCCGGUACAUUCCACGGAGUGCACGCCAUCACGGCGCGCCUGACCCCGAUAAGACCGCCUGCGCCGCCGGCUGGGCUUCGACCCGAGCAGGUCUCUGGAUUGGAGGUUCUCGAGACCGAGAAUUUCCGCAUGCAGUGUUUCAACACAUUGACCGGUGUGAAGUUUCUGCUCUUCACCGACACAACACAGACCAACGUCGAUGUGACUAUACGGAAAGUGUAUGAUCUGUAUGCGGACUACGUCAUGAAGAACCCGUUCUACUCACUGGAGAUGCCUAUCCGGUGCGAGAUGUUUGAUAGGAAACUUCAGUCAUAUGUCAGGGAAAUCAACAAUCGAUAGACGCCGCGGAAAUGUCUCAUGA